AUGGCAUAUCAAUUAGCAACGACAUCCACACUCUACUUCGACUCGAUACACCUUCUGGCGGGCUCGUCUGCUCGUUUACUUGCUAGUAUCGGCCUGUUUCGCAAUGUGUCUGCAGCCAUAUUUCCUCCUGAUACCAAGGUUAAGAUGCUGGACCCAAAAGGUUUUCGCAGGGCUAUGAGGAGUAAUAGGACGAGCGUGGUUGCGUUUGUCGCCCCGUGGUGCGGGCACUGUCAACGAAUGGCUCCCGAGUACAGCAAGGCCGCCGAGAAUUUGAGUCCACUCAUCCCGUUUUAUGCAGUAGACUGCGAUGCCGAGUUGAACAAGCGGUUGUGCGGAGAACAGGGUGUUCAAGGGUUCCCAACAGUCAAAGUCUUCCCUCGUGGUAGCCUGGCCCAGCCUGAGCCGUACGACUCCAACGAACGUACUCUGGCAAGUUCAUCCGCUGGGCCUCGCGCUCCGUGCCCAAUAACCGUGACGAGCGAUCUCCCACGUGUCAUUCUCUUGAAUAAGGACAAGAAGUUUCCGCUGCUCUGGCAGGUCUUUGCCAAUAAUUACUGGAAGAAGAUGGCGUUUGGCCAUCAUACAGACCCAGAUGGCGCAUUUGCGACAUCCUUGGGGUUCCCAGCGACUGUCGAGGGAAAGGCGUCAAAGGUCAUUGUGUAUCCACCAGGAUCCAGCGUGCCGGUUUUGUAUGAAGGGACGACCAAGUAUGAGCCGUUGACCAAAUUCUUUAGGUCCAUAUUGGAUGGGUCAGCAGACUUCCUUCAAACAUCACCAGAGCAAUCUGUCAGGGAUGAACUGUAA